CCCAUAACAUUGAGAGGAAUUAGAAAAAUACCAAGUGAAACGAACUAGCAACGUCCUUCCAACAAUGGCUACCAAGAUAUUCGCCCUCCUUGCGCUCCAUGCUCUUUUAGUGAGCGGUACAACUGCGGCCAUUAUUCCACAGUGCUCACUUGCUCCUAAUGCUAUUAUUCCACAGUUCAUCCCACCUGUUACUGCUUUAGGGAAUGAACACCUAGCUGUGCAGGCCUAUGGCCUACAGCAGGUGCUUUCGGCGAGCAUCUUACAACAACCAAUUGCCCAAUUGCAGCAGCAAUCCUUGGCCCAUCUAACCGUACAGACCAUCACAGCGCAGCAGCAGCAGCAACAACAACAACAACAACAACAACAACAGUUCUUGUCAUCACUCAGUGCACUAGCCGUGGCGAACCAGGCCGCCUACUUGCAACAACAGCUGCUUACAUCCAACCCACAUUCUCUGGCUAAUGCUGCUGCAUACCAGCAACAACAACAGUUGCAACUAGCCAUGGCGAAUCCAACCGCCUACGUACAACAACAACUGCUUCUAUCCAACCCACAGGCUGCCACCAAUGCCGCUACAUACCUACAACAACAACAAUUUCAACAGAUCUUACCGGCGCUCAGUCAACUAGCCAUGGCAAACCCUACCGCUUACUUGCAACAGCAACAGUUGCUUCCAAUCAACCAACUGGCUCUGGCAAACACUGACGCAUACUUGCAACAACAACAGCUGCUUCCGGUUAAUCCACUGGUAGUUGCCAAUCCAUUAGUUGCCGCCUUCCUACAGCAACAACAAUUGUCGUCAUUCAACCAGAUAUCUUUGGUUAACCCUGCCUUGUCGUGGCAGCAACCCAUCAUUGGUGGUGCCAUCUUCUAGAUUACAUAUGAGUUGUUGUACUUGAUAACAAAGCUCUCAUACCGGCAUGGGCAACUUUCCUAAAAUAAUCAAUAUAUUGGUUGAGAUUUAUUUGUCUA